CUUUUGUUUCGUUCGCAGGAGCCGCUCGUCGAAAUGAAGAGGGAGUUGUCGAUGAUUGGAUUGAUUCUUUCGAUUCUACACAGAUGUUCGUGGAGUGUUGUGAGAGACCACAUGGAGCGUAGCGUCUGCUUUCGAUUGAAGGGGAUCGUUUUGCAAGGUCGAUGUUGAUGUAUGAGAAGCAGUGCCAUUAUACUAAUACUAUUUUAAGUAAUUUUUCUCAACUAAUAAACAACAACAUCAAGGGAAUUUUUGUUCCCAGUCGAAUCCUCGUGACUACCUCGCGAGCGUAACUGCACCGACUUGUAACACCAGUUGGUUCUUUGGUGCCGAGCAGUCCGACAAGAUGGAGGACCUUCUCGAUGAGAUGCCGAAGUAUGCUCUCACGGAGAUGCAGCUGGAGAGCUACACGGGCGUUUUCGAGAUGUAUGCGACGUAUGAGGACGAAGAGGGGAACACGAUGGAGGAGGGGAAGUGUUCCUGGCAGGACUUCGGGGCCAUGUUUCGCGUUGUGAACCAAAACCCAACGAACAAAGAACUUGAAAUCGUCAUCAACGAAUUCAAAAAAGCCGAGACGUUUGACCUCGACACAUUUCUGCGUAUUAUGGACAGCGACUUUGCGAAGGUACGACCUAUAGGUUAAGGUUUGGAGUUGUUGAUUUGUUUCUGUUGUAUAUGAAAUUCAAAAGAUUUCUGAUAAGCUUAGGUUCUUGGAGGUUCCUUCUGUCCAAAAAAAGCCAGAGGCGCCGCACCCGAAGUUUUAGAAUCGGUUCCGCGUGUUGCAGUAGUAUGAUCUGUCGCAGCGCAAUGAGGUCGUUUUGGAACACUUAGUGAACAACAUCUUCUCAUCUUCACCUUAGGCACCACCUGCAUGCUAAAAACUCCAAAGGACCCCGCGAAACCAGAGAUCCUGAUCGAGUCUUUUCGCCAAUUCGACCGGGACGGUUCGGGGUUUCUGAAGGCAGCGGUCAUGCGGUACGCUCUCGGAUGCAUCGGCGACGUUCUCGACCUCGUAUCACAUGCAAAAAUGUCUGGGUCUGGAAACUUGUGAUGCUGGGUGGCGUAUCAUGAGGAGGCCACAAGUGCUGGCUCAGCAUGACAAGUUUCUGAGCUUCUAGGUGUUGCCUAUUCUGCAUGACAAACUGCGUUUCUGCAUGACAGAAAAAUGGCGCUCUUGGGUAACGUGCAUGACAGAUUUGAGAGUCAUGCCAGACAAGCAUGACAAACAUGCACUCUUCCAGACCCAGACAUUUUUACAUUUGAUACCUCGACGCCGUGGACGAUUUCAUGGACUAUGCGCACAUAUCAAAUGUAAAAAUGUCUGGGUCUGGAAGAUUGGAACUUGUCAUGCUGUUUUUGGACUCUAAAAAAAAUUGUAUUGCAUGACCAGCAAAAUGGGUACAGUUUUUGCUACACAGACAGGCCAUUUCUCAUGCGGAAGGUGCAUCAGGAAGCCCUCUAAAAGUCUGCGAUGCUAGUUCAAGCAUUACAGGCAUCAUGGGUCAUGAGAAAUAUGCAUGACAAGUCUUGCAUUCUUCCAGACCCAGACAUUUUUACAUUUGAUAGCACAGUGUCGCGGACAAAGACAAGACCGGGGAGAUCGAGUACGAAUUGCUGGUCAAGAACCUGUUCGAGAAGGACCCUGGAAUCACAGCUUGCCUCUAGGUUUUCAUCUUCUAUGGUUCUACUUCAUCGGUUGGCGAUCUUGUUGAGGAUAAGGUCGACAUCUACCACGAGGUCUUUCGUGGCUGCUGCUCCCUCGCGGUCGUCUAUCAGCUUUCGCCUUGAAGAAAUGAGUAAUCCCCUCGUGAUUGUCCUCAUGAUUGUAAAAUUUACGAAAUUUGCUUGAAAUUGGAAACGAAAAGUCGAAUGGCUGUAAUCUGAAAUAAAAAAACGUAUUUCGCUGAGUACACGAUGUCUUGCUUCUGCUUUCGAAAAUCAAAAAUGUAAAAAAUCAAAUUAGAAGUGCUAGUGCUUUCACUAGCACUAGAGCUUCGACGAGACAGCUGCCUGUAUAAAAUCCUGUACCUGGAGGUGUAAAUCUGAUUGUGCUUCAAUUUAUCGUAAUUGAGUCGCGCGUAAAAUUGAACCCACUCUAGUGCAAUUGUGCUACUCCUGUAUCAAACUUCUCUCGACCGUGUUAUCCUGCUUGUGCCGACGUUUAUUGGAUUCGGAAGUCAUCAUGUGUUGAUGUUGUACUCCGGUUUUAAUUUUUAGUCCUGUUCGUGAAGGUGCAGCAGGAAC